AUGUCUUCCGCCGCUGCCCUUCCGAAGCGCAUCAUCAAGGAAACGCAACGACUUGUGUCCGACUCUCCCCCCGGCAUCUCUGCGACGCCUCACGAGGACAACUUGCGGUACUUUGACGUUGUGAUCUCCGGACCCGACUCUUCUCCCUUCGAGGGCGGCAAAUUCAAACUCGAGCUCUUCCUCCCCGACGACUACCCGAUGGCCCCUCCCAAAGUCCGCUUCCUGACAAAGAUCUACCAUCCCAACAUCGACAAGCUCGGACGGAUUUGCCUUGAUAUCCUCAAAGACAAGUGGAGUCCGGCUUUGCAGAUCCGUACCGUGUUGCUCUCGAUCCAGGCGUUGUUGAGCGCGCCUAAUCCGGACGACCCCCUCGCGAACGACGUCGCCGCGCACUGGAAGGAGAACGAGAAGGACGCGAUGCGAGUCUCGCGCGAGUGGACGCAGAAGUUCGCCCAGUAG